UGUCAGCAUAAGCACUGCCUAGCUUGUGCAUUAUUGUAAAACUUACAUGUGAUUUUUUUAAAACUCCCUGGCUUUAACUCGUAAGGAUUAUAAAUUACGUUCUUUAACACUGUACAUAACAUGGGAUGCUUAGGAUCGAAGGAAGAUAAGGAUUCUAACGGAGAGAAAACCGAGGAAAAACCAACUUACAGCUGGUAAGCUUGCCUCCUGAUCUAUCGAUCGUAAUUUAAAAACGCUUGCUCUCACCGUCUACUUCCUUAAACGAAUCUGUUACACUGUGAUUUAAAAAAAGAGAAAAAGAUAGUCGACAAGAUCAGAGGAAAUUCACGCACCAGCUGUUUUAAAAAUUUCCUUAUGAUCAUUCUGUCACCUGGUGAUAGCACAGGCAACGCAAGGUUGGAGAUUCGAUAAUUGACCCACAUAUGUUAUGAAAGGCUAUCAUAAUUUAAAAAUAGACUGUUUGAUUUCCAAACGUCAUCACUUUAAGCGCAAGUUUAAGUAUUCACUUACGUUUAACCUAAAUUUAGGUUAGGGUUGAAAAAGGUGUCAGCUUGUGUAACCAACAUUUCACCCAAGUAGAUGGGUCAAAAGAGUCCUUUAUAGCUACUCUCUUUUGUUUUAUAACAUUUCAAGUUUUCAUUGACCCAUGGCAUCAUCUGAAGGAGUGUUAGUAAUGUGGAUCAGAAAAAACUCAAAAGUAUGUAACAAAAAUAAUAGAAAGUAGGUUGAGUUUGAUCGUCCAGGUGAACGUAGUCCUGAAUAGGACUGUUGUUGUUGACAGUGAAAAUAAUAGAGCAGCUAAGGGCUCAAGAUUGUGCUACUGGCCAACAAUUUAAACAAUGUUACACAUGUUGUUUCAUCUGAAUUCACAAAGCACUACCGAUUUGCAUUGUGAGGUUUGCAAGCAUGCAAAACACUUAUUAGGGAAAAAAGAGAGAGACAGUGAAACUUGUAUAUAUAAUGAAAUCAAUUACAGGGACAAAAGAGCCAAAUUGGAUCCAAAAGACUACUCUAUCAGUAAUGUAACAGGAGAAACAGUUGGGAAACUGCCAGGAGAAAUAAAUGGACAGCAAUUUAUUAUCCAGAAUUGCCAGGUAUUUUGAAAAUUAAAAAUACUGUAAUACAUGUAUACUUAUCGAAAAAGGUAACAGCGCUUUUUUACCCCUACACCCUACAAUUUGUAUCAAAAUCUCUUUCUUUAUUGACACAACUGUUAGGUGAUGUAAACAUGGUUCCUAUAACCAUGGAAACCCAGCAUCGUUUACCCUAGAAAAAACAUUACAUUAAUGUUUAGUACAUGUUUUUGUUUGUGCAGGGCUGCAACAUUUUUAUCUUGGAUCACACAGACUCCGUAACAAUUGAUGAUUGCAUCAACUGCCGUAUUGUCCUUGGGCCAUGUGGAGGAAGGUUAGUUAGUGUAUUCUUUUGAGUUAUUAAACCUUAACGGCCAUGCUAUAAUAUGGUUGAUCAAUGCAAGUACAGUGUGCACUACUGUUUGAAAAGAGAGUAGGAUGUUUCUUGAUUGGAAUGGUUUGUCUGACUGUUAUCAUUUCGCUCACUGCACACGGUUUCCACUUCAGGUGUGUUACAUUAAACCCAUACUUACAUGUAAGUUGACUUAUUGUGGCCGCCAGUGAAGCCUUCUGUGAUGAUGUCCAAACAUACUGCAGGUCUACACUGCACAUGCCUAGCUCUCAUCUGUGACAGAACUCUUUUCUCUUAUGCAUUAUAAGGAGUAAUUAGGUUUGUCGUCAGUCACUAAUGAUCAGAGCUACAUGUAUUAUGCAUACCAUCGCCAGUCAAAUAUUUUCUAAGUACAUGUAAUUGUUAGUAUUUUAAUUAUUACAGCUGAGGCACAUCCAACUAUUCUGCUUCCCAUAGCAUCACAGUAUCCUCUAUUAGACAUAAACAAGGAAUCAUGCAUGUAAUUCAGUUUUGCUUCUUUGCUUCUUGUCUGAAGUUCAGUCUUCAUUGAGAAGCCCAGUUUCUGUACUACAAAAGAGCGUAUUGUUAUGUUUUAUCGUUGUUGCAGUGUGUUUUUUAGGGAUUGCAAAGACUGCAAAGUUGUGGUAGCCUGCCAGCAGUUCAGGUGUGUUUGCUUAAUUAACAUUUCUAAUGCAUGUAUGAAAAUUUUGUGUUGUUCUUCACUGUAUCCUGUGGUAAUGCAUUCAUUCAGUUCUAAUACAUGUAGUGAAUCUCUGUGUGGUGCUGCCUGUAAAAAUGAAAAAGGAGUAAAAUUUACACCAAGUAGCACCAUAUUUUGAUGAGUCACUAUGACAAACUAUAAUCUGUUCUACUUCUUAGAACUCGUGAUUGUAAGAAGAUGGACUUCUUUCUAUGUUGUGCUACUCAACCCAUUAUUGAGUCGUCAAGUGGAAUGAAAUUUGCUUGCUAUCAGUAUUUUUACCCUGAACUUGAAGGUAAGAAAAUUAUCAUUGGGUAGAACUGGCCAGCUGAAGUACCAGUAUACAGACAUUAUUUUAGAUAGUCACCAUCAACAUUCAAAUUAUUAUUUUUAUGUUACUUGUCCUUGAUAUGUACAAGUACUUUGCCUUUGAUUAUUAUAAGUAUUUUAUUUACAUGCAGCAUUGGUCUUCACUUAGAUAGUAUGUAAUCAAAUAAAUGGUAACAAGUGAAAUUAGGUUGUACAGUGGAACCUUGAUGAAGGGCCAAGGGACUGGCAAUUAAUUUGAUUGCUAUAAUGAGGUUUCAUUAAAAUACGUUAAAUCGAAGUUGCAAUGUAAUUCCACAUGAAAUUUCCUUGACAUUUCCACUUCAUUUUAUAACACUCAUAGAAUCUUUUAAACCUGGAUGCCAUAUUGAGACAUACAAAACAUUACCAUAGCAAUAAUAAUUAGUAUAUAUAAUAAUAAAUUUCAUAUGUGAAAUUGUUAGUUAAUGCUGGCAACACUCAUAGUAAGCAGACAGUUCUACUUUUUCUCCAGCUUCUGUAUGCAAGAUUAAAUCAUACAUUUGAGAAGUGAUGCAUUUAGUGAAAAUGAGAGACAACCAUUUUAUACAAUACAUACAUUGUACUCAACUUUAUAAUAGUUAAAUACUGUGUAGGUUGAAAAAAUCAAUUCUUUGUUCAGUACUGUUUGGAAACUUUAAUUAACUUUGUUUAAUAUACGUUAAACUGCUCAAAUUUGUCCUCCUUCAAAUAUGUACCCCUAGAAAAUACCAGCCCUCUGGGUGUUUAAAAAUAAGUGCCCCAUUCAAUUAAGCACCCCAUAACCCUCCCUCAAGAAAGAAAAAAUCACCAAAUACACAUGUAUGGUACAUACAUAAAGAAGGAUUUAGAGGACCUUAGAAGAUCAGGACUUUGAGAGCGGCGACCUUACAUAGAUUUGUGUUUCUUUUUAUGCAAAAAUGUAAAUAUGUUAUAGUUUAAACUGUUACAGUGUGCAUUUUAUUUUGACAUAAAAAUGUUUAGCCAGGUACUAAUUUGGAAAUAAUUUUACAGUGUAUGGCAAUUUUAACAAGGAGCUUUCGCUUCUCCCUCCUCCGCCAUACCACCAGAUUGGACAGAUCUGGCUGAAAAGACAAUAAUUAUUAUUAGUAACCAAAGAGGAGUUUAUUUUUCAGGUCAGUUUGAUGCAGCAAGGUUAAGCAUAUUUAAUAAUAAUUGGAGUAAACUUUAUGACUUUACACCUGCCGCUGGGGAAACCACAUGGAGCUUGUUACCAGAGGUAUUUAAGAAAACAUAAAUGGUGAAUUAUGAUAAUGAACUUAGAACAUUACCUACUUGUUCAUUAAUUCUUGGGUAAAAAUGACAUUUUCUUGUUAAAAUUAAUUUCCUUCCUCAAAGUCCUCUAUGGUGGCCGAGAAACUGCCAAUCGAGAAAUCAAUCGAGAAAUCCACAUUUUGAAGGAAUUAUUAUUUUCUAUUUCUAUCUGUAAUUAGUUUCCACUUUCUUUUUAACUUUUAUUUCAAUUCAAAAGAAAAGCGAAAGUAAAAUCAAGUAAAAUCAAAAUAAAACGAAAUGAAACCAAAGUAAAAUCAAAUAACAUCAAAAUUAAAAUCAAACAAGACGCUAUGGGAGCGUACACUUCGGCACAGUGGUUGUGCGUUAAUUGUGAAUGCGAAGGAAUAGUAAGAAAUGAUCCAAACAAAUACCCUUACUUUUCUCCUUUUGUGUAACAGACGUCUUAACGUCUUCACCGGAAGUCUGCUUGGUGCAUGACCGCGUGGCUAUAUACCCAAUUCGAUUAUAAUUUCUGUCAUAAAUAUAUUGCGCACGACGAGAUCUCAAUUCCACUUCCUUUAUUUCCUCUACAACAACACUUUCCUUAAUGUCCAGUUAACUCCACAACUUCUCCAGCAACGUAACUAACUAACAUCAGUACACUGCCUUACAAAACUUGCUGAAAAUGCACAAUCUCCACACCGAGGAGCAUUAUUUCGACCGCUGGAUUAAGAAAAAAAAAAACGCAAACACGGCAGUACAGUUCGCGUGAAAAUUAUUAUAAGGUUACUUCGGGCCGUGGUACAGAACUGAAACUUUGAUCUAUCGGCGGGGAAUAUAAUCGGCAAACUAACAAAAUUUCGGUUUUCCAUGGCGUAAAACGAAUUCCAAGCUAAAGUUCAGGGUAAAAAGAAGGUUUCGACGGUAAAAAGCCAAACUGAAACGCACUUUGGAGAAACAUAUCACGCGACAUAACAGGACACAAGCGAAGUGAGACGCACUGAAAAUUGCUCUUGUAUCUCGAUUUUCGCUCGUAUUUUGAAGCUACAAGCCCAAAUUGCUUCAAUGUUUUCUGUAAAGUACUUUUGCAGUCAAUAUUUCUAGCCAGAAUAAUAAAUAAGAGCUUGAAGAUAUCUCGAACUAAUUCCAAAGCAACCUCGGGACAUUCGGAAGCAACUUUGAUACAUUCGUGAGCGUCGCGAAUCCUUUUCUUCGCGCUCCUCCGAAGUAACAAGCCGAAAAGUCACGAACUUGCGUGCCCAAUCUUUUCCCGAAACUAGUGCAUAAUUUUAUAGCUAUUUUUGAUGCAAAUUCUAAACUACCUUGGGUCGCAGUGGCGCAAUCGGCUAAUCCCUCAACUUAGAGUCUCCUCUAAUCUGACGGGCCUCACAGAUGAGUGGGUUCAAACCCCGGGCAAGCCGAAUAAGUGAAAGAAUAAAUCAAAGAAAUCGAAGUGACCUCGAGUCUCGAACUAAUUCGGCUCUCACUUCGCCAAAUAGCCGAAUAAAACCAAAAACCUACAGACUUUGCGUGCCCAAUCUUGUCCCAAAAAAAAGCAACUUUGGUACAUUCCUGAGCGUCACGAAUCCUUUAAUUCGCGCUCCGCCGAAGAAAUAAAAUUUUCGACCCAGCCGAGCGCUGCCACCACCAGCAUGCAUUGCGUACAUCACGUAAAUUUUGUGUUGUGUGUACGACCCUUUCUCUCGAAAGCCUCUGGAAGAAGCUCGAAGAUGGCGGAUAACAGGUUUUUAUCGUGGAAGGAAGAUCACCUUAAAGGGGCGAUGCCGAUGUACGUUAAACAAGGUCUUAAACGCGAAGAAGCGAUCGAUUUUGUGCGAGCACGGCUUGCCUUAAUAAGCGCUGGAGUAUCCAAACUCUCGACAAACGUUUGCGCCAUUUCGGAGUUUGUAACAAGAACAUGGGGGGUUAUCAGGGUCAAAAUUCAGUUUUCCUGUUUUGCUGUGCUAUUUUGUUGUUUCGUUAUGAUGUUUUGUCGUUCUGUUUUAACAUUUUAUCGUUCUGUUUUAACAUUUUAUCGUUCUGUUAUUCGGGCGUAAUGUGUAAUUAUGCAAAUCUGUUGUGCUAUUUUCUUGUUUUGUUCCACAGGGGACAAGGAAAUUAAUUUUUUUGUUCUCAACAUGUAUUUUAUCUCACAGGAUACAUCAGCCCGAGUUGAAGAUCAUAUUCCUUUACCAGACACAGAGAAAUUCUCCAAUGUACAAAUUAAAUCAGAUGAACAUUUCAGUGUGAUACCAAAAACUUUGGGAACAAGAAGAAAACCCUUUGACGAGGUAUGUACUGAAUAAUCAAUCGACUAUCCGCUUGGAAUCCCCUGAUUACCUAAACAUCUUUACAUGUGUAUUAUCAAAACAUCUUGGUGUCUGGUGAUAGCGACAUUUGUAACAUAUCAAAAGAGCCGUGUGACAAAAUGUAACCAAGUUCGGCCACUGGGACUUUGGCCACCGAAUGAAGCGAAACAAAAGCAUAAUAGUUAUUUAAAACAUUAAGGAAAUGUGUACAACUGUACAAUGUAAAUAACAGAGCAAUAACGGAUUAAUAAGGCACAGAGCUGAGGGAAAUAAAUGAAAAAAGAUUAAAACGGAUUCCAGCCAAACAGUUUUUCAAAUUUUUUCUCGCUAUGGUUUGUAAGCUGAAAUUGUGUCACAUUUACAAGUACUUUUCUUGGCUAAUGUUAAGUACUUUUGCAAGUAAGAAGGAGUAAAUGGGAAUUUAUCUAGUAAAUAGAAUGAACUAACUGCUGUGCCAUGACACCCGGCUGAGCCCGCGGAGUAAUCCUUCCCUUUGGUUUCCCAUACUGCAAUGGAAAACCGCCAUAUAUGCUCCAGCAGCUAUAUACACAGUAUGGAGAGGGGAGGGCUGUAUAUCUUGUACUGGUUUUCUGAUAACGACGACUGCAAUGACUUUGUUCAGUUUUUAUUCUUUCUUUCUUUCUUUCUUUUUUUUUUCUCUCUUUCUUUUUUACGUUCUUGUUGUUCCUCUUUAGUCCUGUCUAGUGGUAUUUUUUCACAAGGAUAAUGUCAGGAAAAUUAUAAAACAACUGUUACAUGAGCAAACACAGGUAAGGCUUUUAAAGUUUCAAGGAAUAUUCUUAGUUCUUAGUAUCGCGGGGUGAUCUUUCUUGAUAAAACCUCGCUGACGAAACCGUAUGAGUUUGUCAUAAGGUCAAGGUGGCAGGUCUCUAGAAAUAACCCUGAAAUCACCGUAACAACAAAUAAAUGAAGGUGAUCGUUUCGUCAGAAACUGUGCCGCGGCGCUACAUGGGUGGGGAGUAAAACACAAAAAUUACACGUAGUUUUGUCAACUACGUUGAUCAAAUAUACAGCAUACCUGUUUUCACUGUACCCCAUGGGUCACCCCAUGGGCCUAAAGAACACCAGCAGUAAGAAAUAGAAACCUCGUGAUCUACAUAUCAAGUGACUAUAUCGUGAGACAAACGAAAUAGUUAUGUAUUAUUCUUGUAUAUUCCAUGAUGAAAAGCCAAAAGCUAGAAAUUUCCAUUUUUUCAGUACCCUCGAAUACUUUUGAUGUACUUGAGCAACGUAUUUCACUUAUUAGUAAAAUCCAUCUAGUGAUCUAUUAACAAUGCUGCGUUCUGAUUGGUUGAGCUACUUCUAGGCUAUAAUUAUGUUAUAGCCCACUUGUAGUGAAAAGCCCCGCCUUUUAGGCGGCAAAAAAGGAUCAAAGUCUAGCUUUAACUAGCUAAGUUGUUUUAUCUCGAUAUUUUUUACCAACUAGUUGGAUUUUACUAAUUAACAAUUAUUCCUCGAGCUCGAAUGGCCUCUGAGUCAAUAGCCCAUUCGGGCUCGAGGAAGAAUUGUUAAAUAUUUACACCUUAAUAUUCCUUAAAUUUUUUCGCGUCUUUGCUUUUCCCUAGAGAUCAUGUGUGUUAGUCCAAACAAAAGAAAUAACCAUGAAGCCUGAAGAUGUAUCGAGGAUAUUUCAGUCUGAAGACUACUCAGCUGCAGCCCAACAAGGUAUUUUUUAAUUAUUCCAUUGGAUUUAUACAAAAUAUUAGAUUAAACACCAAAGUUACUUUUAACCCUUGUUACACGCUGAUUGAUGUUCUACAUGCGAGGAAAACGUUUUAUUUUUAGCGAGAUGGUAGUUGCCUGCGUUGCAGCCCGGCGGCGGUCCCGCCCUCACGCAUUACAUAGCUAGUAUAGUCACGCAGACUAGAUGGUCGAAGCACGUCCAGAUUAUAUUUCUCGUGUUACCAGUGACUCCGUCUCAAAUUUUUUUGCUUUAAUAACUAUUUCUCUAGGUCCAGCUAUUGGUUUGGAGUUCAACAGCAGUGAUUGUGUACGAAUUACUACGGAAGCUGUUCGAUCGCUUUGCGGGGAUUCACUUUCCAGCAUAUAUGUCUCACCCAAUCCAAUGAAAGCAUCACAAGAUAUAGAUGCCUUUUAUAACUUUGUCGACAUGUCCAUGACUUAGGUAGCACUCAGACGGAUGGAUCCCUUUAUUUGGUGUUAUGUCCCUUUUUCACCUCGAGCAAUCCCUCAUUUGGCAAAGAGGAUAUACGGAACAAAAGCUCCCAUUGAGAUAGAAAUACGUUUGACUUGUUUUUCUUUCUUAUUAUCUUUUUUGAUGAUGCGAUCCGGCCGAAUUUGGCGACACAGUCGUAUUUAUCUCUUGGUAGCAUAAUGGUUCAUUUCGAUGGUUACUCCGUUGAAUUUCUGAAUAUACCAUCACAUGGUAACUCUAUACGAGAAACUUCACCCUGUCUUUCUCUACUCAGUUUUGGGUACUGAGAACUUAGGUCCCUGCGAUGGACUAGUAUUUCCCUCAUUCGCCUGUGUGUGUGUUUGUAUUGAGCAGGAGGGGGGGGGGCAGUACCCGCAGAUGCUUUAUGUUUUAACCGCCUUUUGUCAUGCGUCUUUACCUCUUUUAUUCUAUUGCGCCAUUCCCGUAGUAAUAGCCUAAAGUCACCCGUAGAUAUUUCUUUGAAGGAGGACAUUCUAGACAAUCGGACUUGAUUAAAAUUUUUAGGCCAAAUGUUGAGUCCACCAUGCGGCGACCACAGCCACCAACACACGGUUUAAAACUGAUUUGUUGGUGAAAUCGACAAGUGUUGUACCAUUUUUUCAGCGAAUGUUGAAACGUAGUAUCACCACUGAAAAUAGGCCAUUCAACGUGUAGAACUUGGUUUGGAACAAGAAUGGAGAUGGGCUCUAUUUCGUUCAUCACGUUGCAGCCAUAUUAGCAACCAAAGCUACAUUUCAACCGUAUGACUCUGAGUCAACGCCGGCUUAAUGAGAAAACAUGGACUUAGAUUUCGUUCCUAUAGACAGAAGGUUGUUGACAUCACUGAAGUUACAAUUUAAAAUGUGAAGUUUGAAAAGGUGAAUUUUCUUUAUUUAUUCAUAUGAAAAUAUAUUGCAAGUAUAACAAGUAGAAGUAUAUAAACUAAAACAGCUUUUCCGUUUGGGUGUUUCUUGGCAACAGUAUAGCCUUAGCUCUUCGAGUUUCUUUGGAGAAACCACUGCUCACAGGGUAUUUUCUCUUAAGAUUAGUAUUAGUGUUACUCAAUCGUAGCUUUUUAUUUGUUUAGCAUUAGUUUAUAAUGCUAAGUUUUGUUGCUAUAAACUGUUAAUUUAAGUAUGGAUCAAGGAACUUAAUAAUUUAUUACCUUAUUUUGUACUCGGGAACAGCCAUAUUUUGUAGUAUCUUCACGUCUUAGUUUAUAAUAAUUUCCGCCAUAAAAGAGCUAUAUUUUGUAAAUUAGUAUUCUCAAAUAUCGAAACUUUGUAAUGCGGUCGGCUAUAGUAUCCAUAACUGAUGGUAAGCAGCAAUUAUUUCUGCUUUCGUUUGUGUUUUUGUCGGUAUCUCUGUAGUACUCAUCAAAAAUAUAUUAAAAAAUAUUUCUUUGUUCAGUCCUCAUAGUGUCCAGGGAGGC